AUGUCAGCUCGCCCGCGCCGAGCGACGCGCCGCCAGGCCAUCGUCGACUCUUCUGAUGACGACGAAGUGGCAAACACCACGGUGAAGAGAGAAGAGCAGAGCGAAGAGGAGUUCGCCCCGGAGCCUUCAAAAAGCCCAGUGCGCCGGCCAACACGGGCCCGCAAGAGCGCUGCCCCCCCAUCGGCGUCCGCCCCGACAGCACCUCGGCGCCGCGGCAGACCUAAGAAGAAUGCUGAUACGACUGUGACCGAGGAGCCCACAAAGCUUGAGGCCUCAUCUGUUAUAGAAGACGCUUCGGUUGCAGAUGGAACUUCCAUCGCAGAAGCGCCCUCGGCGGUGGAGGAACCGUCUGUUGCGGACGAGACAUCUAUCGCCGAAGAGCUCUCAACGCAUGGCAUUACCCCCUCAAUAGAGCCCAGCGAAAUCUUUGAUCCCGACCAGACGGUUAGCAAGAACGAGCCGCCAUCCUCCACAAGGAAACCCUCUCCCAGGAAGCCUAGAAACAGCGCUGCACCCCGAGCUUCCACCAAGUCCUCGACACCGUCAUCUAUACCAAAUCCCAAGCCAUCUGCUACGCCCGAGCCCUCUCGCGUGCGCGGCGAACCUCUUGCCGACAUCACGGCUGCUUCAGUCAACGAACAGAAACCAGUCGCGGAUGAGACGCAAGCUACAUUCAAGCCUGUCCGCGCGAUGGACACUGUUUUGGAGAAGCCAAUGGACAUUGUACUGAAGUCGCGGACUCUUACCGCACCAGUGGUGGAAGACACGACUCCUAAGCCUCGUCUUGUUAUCUCCUACCUGAUUCUCACCAACUUCAAGAGCUAUGCUGGACGUCAGGAAGUUGGUCCUUUCCACGGAUCAUUCUCGUCCGUCGUUGGUCCCAACGGUUCGGGCAAGUCCAACGUUAUCGACUCCCUCUUGUUCGUCUUUGGUUUCCGCGCAAGUAAGAUGCGCCAGGGCAAGCUUUCCGCUUUAAUCCACAACUCAGCCCAGCAUCCGAAUCUGGACCAUUGCGAGGUUUCCGUACAUUUCAGAGAGGUCAUGGAUCAGCCCGGUGGUGGACACGAAGUCAUUCCCGAUUCCGAUCUCAUCAUUUCGCGCAAGGCGUUCAAGAACAACUCCAGCACAUACUUCAUCAACGGCAAAGCCUCCAACUUCACUACGGUUACUACCCUCCUUCGCGACCGCGGCAUCGAUCUCGACCAUAAGCGUUUCCUCAUCCUUCAGGGUGAGGUUGAGUCCAUUGCCCAGAUGAAACCCAAAGCUGCCCACGAGCACGACGACGGUCUUCUUGAGUACCUUGAGGAUAUCAUCGGCACUUCGAAAUACAAGACGCCCAUUGAAGAAUCUGCGACAGAGGUUGAGACUCUCAACGAAAUCUGCAUGGAGAAGAGCGGCCGUGUUCAGCAUGUGGAGAAGGAGAAGAACGGUCUCGAGGACAAGAAGAACAAGGCCAUUGCAUACAUUCGCGAUGAAAACGAGCUCACAAUCAAGAAAUCUGCCUUGUAUCAGCUCUACAUCGGCGAAUGCAACGACAAUGUUGCUGUCACCGAGGAGGCGAUCAGUCAGAUGCAGGCGCAGCUGGACGAAGAAUUGGAGAAGCACCAUGGCGGCGAAAAGAUCAUCAAGGAACUCCAAAAGUCGUACUCUCGGGGCAGCAAAGAAUUCGAAGCGCAAGCAAAGGAAACUGAGGCUCUUGUUAAGGAGAUGGCCAAGUUCGAGCAAGAGCGCGUCAAAUUUGACGAGAAGAAGAAGUUCCUGAACGACAAACAGAAGAAGCUAGAAAAAACGAUCGCGAAUGCCGACAAGUCCGCGGCCGAAGCAGACGAGACCGUUGCCCAAUGCGCGGAGGAGAUCGAGACUCGCGCCAAGGAAAUUGCUUCCCUCGAGAUCAGAGUUCAAGAGGAGGAAGCCGAGCUUGCGACCAUCCGUGAAGGUCUCAAGGGCAAGACCCAAAAGUUUUCCGAUCAGAUCGCUGUCAAGCAGAAGUCAUUGGAGCCGUGGAAGGAGAAGAUCAACCAGAAGCAGUCGGCCAUUGCUGUUGCAGAGAGCGAGAUGAAUAUCCUCGAAGAGAAGGCCAAUGCCGGUGCUGUGGCCAUUUCUGAGACGGAGGCAAAGAUUGCCGCCAUCGAGGAUGCUCGCGCUGCCAAGGCUGAGGAACUCAAGGAGUGCCAGGCUGAGAAGGUCAAGCUCGAGGAAGAGAGAAAGGAGGCGGAGCAUGAGUUGACCCGAUUCAAUGCUCACGAACCCAAGAUUCGCGCAAAGGUGUCUAACGCAAGACAGAAGGCGGACGAGGCUCGCUCUAGUUUGUCUAAGACGCAGACUCAGGGCAAUGUUCUGACCGCUCUGAUGCGCAUGCGCGAGUCUGGUCGCAUUGAUGGAUUCCACGGAAGACUCGGCAACCUGGGCGCAAUUGACCAGAUGUACGAUGUGGCCAUCUCCACGGCCUGCGGCGCUCUCGACAACUUCGUCACUGACACCGUUGAGGCUGGUCAGCAAUGCAUCGAGUACCUUCGCAAGACCAACUUGGGUCGCGGCAACUUUAUGUGUUUGGACAAGCUGAGAGUCCGAGACAUGAAGGCCAUCCAGACUCCGGAGAAUGCGCCUCGCCUCUUCGACCUUGUCAACCCCAAGGAGGAGAGGUUCCGACCAGCAUUCUACCACGCCCUCCAGGAUACACUCGUAGCGAAUGACCUGGCCCAGGCCAACAGAAUCGCCUACGGUGCCAAGAGAUGGCGUGUUGUUACCUUGGCCGGCGAGCUGAUCGACAAGUCCGGUACUAUGUCUGGUGGUGGCACAACUGUCAAGCGAGGUCUAAUGUCUUCAAAGCUUGUCGCCGAAACAUCCAAGGAACAAGUGUCGAAGCUCGAGGAAGACCGCGAUGUCCUUGAGGAGAAGUUCCAAGACUUCCAGGAACAGCAGCGCGAGCUUGAGACCAGGCUACGCGAACUCAACGAUCAGAUCCCUAUGCUCGACACCAAGAUGCAGAAGAUCACUCUUGAGAUCGAGAGCGCGGCAAGGAACCUGGCCGAUGCUCAUCGCCGCAUCAAGGAGCUGAGCAAGGAGCAUCAACCUUCUGCCUCGGAUAACAACCGCAUCGCGGCGCUCCGCAAAGAGAUUGCCAAGCUCAACAAGGAGGUUGAGAAGCUCCAUGACGAGACAUCUGGCGUUGAGGAAGAGAUCAAGGCUCUGCAAGACAAGAUUAUGCAGGUGGGUGGUGAGAAGCUUCGCCUGCAAAAAGCCAACGUCGACUCUCUGAAGGAAGAGAUUGUGUCUCAAAACGAAGAGACUUCCAACGCUGAGGUCCGCAAGGUCAAGGCCGAGAAGCAAAAGGCCAAGCUUGAGAGGGAUCACGCCAAAGCCACCAAGGAUAUUGAGGUGGCGAUCCGCGAUCUGGAGAAGCUUGAGCAUGAGAUCGAGAACCAGGGCGAGAAGGCUGAGUCUCUACAAGGCCAAGUCGACGAGGCCGAGGAGGGUUUGGCAGCCAAGAAACAAGAGCUGACAUCCCUCAAAGCCGAGCUCGAUGAGAAGACCUCAGAGUUGAAUGCCACUCGGGCCAGCGAGAUCGAGAUGCGCAACAAGCUUGAAGAGAACCAGAAGGUCCUGAUGGAGAACCAAAAGAGACUAAUGUACUGGAAUGACAAGCUGUCCAAGCUGGUGCUUCAGAAUGUGGACGAUCUGACGGGAACCUCCAACUCUGUUCCCAAGGCCACCCCUGCCCCGGCCCCUGCUGAAGGAGAAGACGACGCAGAAGUCGAUGGUGACAAGACAGUAACUCAGGACGCGGUCACUGGCGAGGAGUCCCAGCCAUCCGUUGAAGCCGAGGAUGAGGACGAACAAUCCGACGAGUCUGAACUGCCUGCUCAGACGAUCCACCAAGCCCUCGAGCUACCUGUCUACACUCCUGAUGAACUCGCGGACAUGAGCAAAGAGAAACUCAAGGGAGAAAUCGCCGCCCUGGAGGAGAAGACACAAAACGUCAAUGUGGAUCUCGGUGUCCUCGCCGAAUACCGCCGCCGUGUCGAAGAGCACGCCGCCCGCUCAUCUGAUCUUCAGACCGCCGUCAACCAACGUGACGCUGCCAAGAAGCGCUGCGACGAGCUCCGUCGUCUGCGUCUCGAAGGCUUCAUGGAGGGUUUCAGCACCAUCUCUCUCCGCCUCAAGGAGAUGUACCAGAUGAUUACCAUGGGUGGUAAUGCCGAGCUUGAGCUGGUCGAUUCACUCGACCCGUUUAGCGAAGGUAUCCUCUUCAGUGUCAUGCCCCCGAAGAAGUCAUGGAGGAACAUCAGCAACUUGUCCGGUGGUGAGAAGACGCUCAGCAGUUUGGCGCUUGUCUUUGCUUUACAUCAUUACAAGCCGACGCCUCUGUACGUCAUGGACGAGAUUGAUGCUGCGUUGGAUUUCAGAAACGUCUCAAUCGUUGCCAACUACAUCAAGGAACGGACGAAGAACGCCCAGUUCAUUGUCAUUUCGCUCCGAAACAACAUGUUCGAGCUGGCCGCUCGGCUUGUUGGUGUCUACAAGGUGAACCACAUGACGAAGAGCGUAACGAUCGAGAAUCAGGACUACAUCGUGCGGACUCGCGUGCAGGGUCAGGGCCAGGGCCAAGGCCAGGUUCAGCAAGCCACGCAACAGACGACAAUGGCGCGAUGA